GAGAAUGCAAGCAAGCUUCAGCUGCUACUCUUUCUCCUUCUGCAGCCAUGGAAGGAAACGAUUCAAAGCCGAAAUCUUGAAGCAACCAAACCACUGACACUCUCUCCCAUGGCGCGUGCCCAUUCCACUUUCUUCUCCCUCGUUGCACCUUCCACCUGCCCCACACGAACCCAGCCCGUUAUUCUAGCUUUGUCAAUUGUAUCUUCACGCCCUUCAAAAAUCACUCGCAGGAAAAAUCAUUUGCGACCCAAAAUUCUGAAAAUCCUAAACCCUAAACCCGUCGUUCCCCUUCCUCCCCAAGAACCUUCACCACCACUAGAACCCGCUGCUCCUAUUCCCUGCCCUCAGUCCACUGAAGAAAACGAGCUCCUCUCCGUUGAGGCUCCAUCCGAGGAGACUCAUGGCGAAGUUGAUGCCGCUGACGCCACCGAAGAAGCUGAAGAUUUGGAAGACUUGCAAGUCUCCGAGGCCACCAUUGAACCCAAGGAUGUUUCUGGUAAAGUUUCUGCUUCGGAUAUCUUCAAAUUUGGCGGUGUGUGUUUUCUUGGGGCUAUUGUGUAUCAGGCGAUUUUGUCGGUUUUGUUUAUUAUGAAUUACGAUUCGAGAACUAAAGAUGGGAACUUUGAGGUAAAUGGAAGCGAAAAGAGAGAUCUUUUGCUCAAUGGAAAUGGGAAUAGUGAGCCAGUUACCGGUAGCAAUGUGCUUCGUGUGAUGGGUCAAGCUGUGAGGCAAAAGAAAAUUGAGGAGAUUAAGUUAAUGGCAAGGAAAGCUCGGAGAAUUGAGAGAAUGGAGAAGAAGAAGAAGAAGAAUGAAGAAGAAGAAGAAGAUGGUGAUGAUGAAGAUGUGGAUUAUGAAAGUGAUGACGAUUUAAGUUAUGCUUCUAGUCCUAAACCUGGUAUUGAGAGAGAGAUUGGUGCACGCUUAAUGAAGCUGCAGAAUAGAAUCAAUGGUAAUAAGGAUGCUCAUAAGAAUGCUCAUGAAGGAAAUGAGCAAUUAAUGUUCAAGAAAAAGCUUAAAUAUAAGUACCCUUCGAUUAAGGCAACAAAAACUCCCAAGGGAUUUCCCGGGACUCGAGAUCAUAAAGCACCUGAUGCCAAAGAUAGAAAUUCAGAAGUUAGAAGGGAGGUUGUUAGUUCUGUGAGUGAUGAUAUUCAUCAUGCACAAAUAUCACAUGAAGAUAAGCCAGUGAUUGAACAAGAUGACGAGAUACGGGAAAGUACACCGAGUGUUCCACUGAAAGAAAGAGGAGAGUCUGUUGCUCAAGAGUCCGAGGCAAUUCUAAAUAAUGGGAAGAAUUUGGAAAGAAAUCUGGAGACGCCAAAACCUGGAGUUAAAACAACAAAUGCAAACAACAGUGGUGUCUGGAAGACUAGCUUUGGGUUGUCUGGAGUUGAAUUAAAACAAUCGAGAGAACCGAGGAAACAAAAUUCUGAGAGUUUUGUGGAAGAAAAGCAGGACACUGACCCUAGUUUUGAAAAGGAUGUGCUGCAGAACAUAAAUGGCAGUUCAAGAAAUGGAUUAGCUAGGAAAAAGACCGAGACUGAUACGUGGUGGCUCAACCUCCGUUAUGUUCUAGUAAUUCUCAUGCAAGGAGGCGUCAACGGGGGAACAAAAGGGAUCUAUAGUGUAAAGAUCGGUUCUAAGGGGCAGGACCAAAGUGAAGAUUCCUAUAUUGUUGCUUUUGAGGAUCAUGCUGAUGCCAACAACUUUUGUUUUCUACUGGAGUCCGCUUUCAAGGAGUUGGGUGAUUUCAGUGCAGAUGCUGUUCCGAUGACAAUACAAGAACUCAAAAAAGAAAUAUUGUCACGUGGCAAGCAAGUAGUAGUUGUGAAGAAGAGGCAGCUUCAACUCUUUGCUGGGCAACCACUUGGUGAUGCUGAGAAGGCCUUGUGCUCUUUAAUUGAACAUGAUCAAAAUGUGAUCACAUCCAGAUGACCAUUAUAGAAACAGCAAUUGCUGUUUUGUACAGCGUCAAGAGAGUGCUUGUUAUUCUGAUCUUGGUAGAAUUCUUUGAUCAUGGGAAUAGGCAAAAUGUUAGGUAGGAAAAAUCACAAUGUUAUAUGGAACAUCAGCUCAGUUUUUGUUCCAAUUGUAUAAAUGGAAUGAACUCAAUGGAAGUAGUCGAAAUUUCUGGAGUAGAAAUCAAAUUGGAAAUCUUUGUUAUUCUUUAAUGAUCAAUCUGCUAGUUUCUUUAA